AUGGAUAAUCUUACAGAGAAGGGAAGUCGGGUUUCAUUUGCUAGAGUUUGUGUAGAAGCUGAUGCCAAUUCCACACUGCCGUCUAUGUUCAAAGCAAACUGUGGGGGUGAAGAGGUGGUCAUCCAUGUGGAAUAUCAAGGGCUUCCUCCCAAAUGUGACCACUGUAUAGCUUUUGGCCAUGAUACUACUAAGUGCGUGAAGUCCCAAGUAGCCCAUUUGAUUUCCCUUCAAAAGGAGACUGAAGAUCAUCUUGAUCCAGGAUGGAGUACAGUGAAAGCCAAGGGUAAAAGGAAAGUGGGGGACCUUAUCUUGGACACUGAGCAACUAGAAGUGCAAGAGGGGGCUACUCAGGAAAUUCACGAAACUGGUCAGAGCCUUCCACCUAAAGCAUCCCUGGAAGUGGUAGUUGAGAACUUAAGUGAUGGGCUUAAGGAAAUUGAUCAGAGGGUUAGUGCUGGGGAGCAUUCAGUUCCCAACCUCGAAGGGCUGGAUGAGCUUCAGAAGGAGUUGAUGGCGCUUACCAAGCUGGUCCUACCACAUGAUACAGAUCUCAUCAAGAAAGUGGAAAAUUUGAAGGGUACUACACCAAAAAAAGUUGUUCCAACAGAAGAGCAGGCAAAACAAACCCACUCUGCAAAAAGUAGCUCCUCUGGCAAGGGCAACAAGAGCCAGAGGAAGAAACAAAGAGGGUUUAAUGACCCUUCUAGGCAUAAAGAAGUUAAAAAAAUUUUGAAUCGUGAAGAUAUUAAGGUCUUGGGCAUUUUGGAGACCAAAAUAAAAGCUACAAAUGAAAAUCGUAUUUUAUCAUCUUGUUUAAAUAAUUGGUCCUUUUUGACUAACUCACUUCCUACUCAAACUGGGAGAAUUUGUGUAUGCUGGGAUACUACCUUUUGUUCAGUUAAGUUAAUUGAGUCAUCUGAUCAAUUUUUGCUGUGUGAAAUCACUGAUUUUGCGAAAGAUGCUGCUUUUAAAGCCUGUUUUGUUUAUACCGAUAAUAGGCAUAUUGUUAGGAAGGAGUUUUUUGAAUACAUGGUCAGGACCGCUUGUCUGCUGUCCAAAGACCCUCUGAUUAUGUUAGGUGAUUUUAAUGCUAUUCGGUAUGGGUCUGAGAAGUUUGGUGGCUCAUCUGUGUGGUCUAGUGAAAAAGAAGCUUUAAAUUCUCACAUCCUUCAAUCUGAAUUGGUGGAUUUAUCUUAUGGUGGUUGCCAAUUCACUUGGGCUAAUAAAAGAGACAGUGGGGACUAUAUUGCAACUAAAAUUGAUAGAGUUCUGGUAAAUGAAUCGUGGCUUGAUUCUUUCUCAGCUUCCUCUGCCUAUUUUCAUCCCUCAUCUGUCUCUAAUCACUCCCCGGCUGUGGUCACUGUCUCUACUGAUGUGGUCUCUUUUAAGAAACCUUUUAAAUUUUUUGAUUUUUGGGCUCAACAUGAAAACUUUAUUCCUACUGUGUCUGAGGUGUGGAAUCAGUAUAUCCCGGGGGUUCCUAUGUUUCGUAUUUGUCAAAAACUCCGCGACUUGAAGCUUGGUCUUAAAGCUUUGAACAAAAAGGAUUUUAGUGAUAUCUCCACUAGAGUCCUGGCUAUGAGUUCGGAGUUAAAUUAUGUUCAGUGGAAGUUGGACAAGGACCCUGGCAAUCCUGUUCUACAAACACUUGAAAAGAGUCUCUAUAAACAGUAUGUGGAUCUUAGUGCUGUUGAAGAAAGUUUGGCUCGCCAAAAGUCUAGGAUCCAAUGGCUUGGUUUGGGGGAUAGUAAUAGCAAGUUCUUCUUUAGGUCUAUUAAAGGCAACAUUAAUCGGGGUAAAAUUCUCUGUAUUGAGAGACAUGAUGGGCUUAGAACUUCUAAGCCUGAGGAUAUUCAAGACGCUUUCAUUAGCUUCUUUACUGGCUUAUUUGGCAAGCCUAUUGAUGAUCACUAUAAUGGUUUUGCUAGGAUUAAUGAAAACUAA